UAGCGUACUCCGGCUCUAGAGUUUCCAAGCUCGCCUCGCGUCAAAUAGGCGGCGGGAGUGCGGCCAGGUGCCUCCCUUGCAAGCUACAGAAGCUACAGAGAGGCGCGCCGCCCAGUUGCGUUGACCUCGUGCGUGAGCACGCCUGCAGCGGAGCCGAGCCCAGCUUAAAAAAGCCAUGGCUGCUCUUCUCCGCCGCGCGCCGCGCCUGGCCCGCCGCGCCCGGACCUUCGCGAGCGACGCUUAUCUGGGAGGCGACCUAGAAACGAGCACCUUGCCGAAUGGGGUCGUAGUUACGACCACGGCACCGGGCGCGCCUCUUACUUGUGUAGGUGUGGGCGUAGGACGCGGCGCCAGUCACGGGCCGCGGUCCGCCGCGUUGGCCGCCUCCUUAAACAGCUUCAAGACGGCGAACGGCCGCACGGACCUGCGGAUCCAGCGCGACCUCGAAGUCGCGGGAUCCAUGCCCUUUUCACAGUUCGAUGCGCACCAAACCACCACAGUCUGCACGCAGCACGUCGUGACGCGCGAGGCGCCCUGCGUCGCGGACGCCUUCCAGGCGGCGGCGCUGGCCGCGGGCGUCGGCCGCGACGCGCUGACGGCGUGGGAGUUCGAAGAGACCAAGGCCUCGCCCUUCGCGUUGAACGCCCUGGCGCGCCACGCGUCUCUCGAAGAACAGGUCGCGUCCGCCGCCUACGGCAAGGCCUACUCUCCAUUAGGUUCGGCCGAGGACCUCGCCGCGUUAUCGUCGGCUGACGUCGACGCGUGGCUGCAAGAAGCCAUGAGUAGUGCGCCGAUCACGGCUAUUGGAUUAGGUAUGGAGCACGCGGUCAUGGUGUCCCUGGCCCAAUCUGUGCUAGGUGAGUUGGCGGAGCGGCAACCGUCGGCGGAGAAGUUUCCGGCGUUCCAACCGGGCGGCGUCGUCGCUAUCAGUGGAGAUGCCGGCUGCGCCAUUGGGGUGCCGGCGCCAGCCGACGAGGCCAUGGCGCUUACUGUAGCAAGCGCGGUCGGCGGGUCCCUGUCGCAAGGGUUAGUUGUAGUGACAGGUGAGGACAAGGAGGCGUGUACGGCGCAGCUGAACGCCAUCGGGGACGUGGCCCUGGCCAAAGUGUCUGCGGCCUCCGACCUACUGGACCUGGCGCCCGAGGCCUUGGCCGCGCUCAUCGCGCGAGGCCAGGACCCCGCUGCUCUCUAUGACGCGAUCCUCGCUCUCGAUGACGCCGCGAUCAGCGCCGCGCACGCGUCGGCCACCUCAAACGCGCCGGUGGCGGUCAUCGCCGCUUAAAACAACCCUCUCCCACCAGUUAAUAUAUUUAUACAAAA